GGGAGCCGCGCCGCCGGGGGAGGCCGGGGCGCGGCGAGGAGGUGGCGGGAGGAGGAGACAGCGGGGAAAGGUGUCAGAUAAAGGAGGGCGCUCCUCCGGUUCGGAGGCAUCAUGGCCGCUAAGUCAGACGGGAGGCUGAAGAUGAAGAAGAGCAGCGACGUGGCGUUCACCCCGCUGCAGAACUCGGACCACUCGGGCUCGGUGCAGGGGCUGGCUCCGGGCUUGCCGUCGGGGUCGGGGGCCGAGGACGAGGAGGCGGCCGGGGGCGGCUGCUGCCCGGACGGCGGCGGCUGCUCGCGCUGCUGCUGCUGCGCGCCGGAGGCCUCCGGCGCGGGCGGCCCGGGCGGCGGCGGCGGGGCGGGCUCCGCGGCGCUGUGCCUGCGCCUGGGCAGGGAGCAGCGGCGCUACGCGCUGUGGGACUGCCUCUGGAUCCUGGCCGCCGUGGCUGUGUACUUCGCGGACGUGGGCACGGACAUCUGGCUCGCCGUGGACUACUACCUGCGCGGCCAGCGCUGGUGGUUUGGGCUCACUCUCUUCUUCGUGGUGCUGGGCUCCCUCUCCGUGCAAGUGUUCAGCUUCCGCUGGUUUGUGCACGAUUUCAGCACCGAGGACAGCGCCACGGCCGCCGCAGCCAGCUGCCCGCAGCCUGGAGCCGAUUGCAAGACAGUGGUCAGCGGAGGGUCUGCAGCCGGGGAAGGCGAGGCUCGUCCUUCCACGCCGCAAAGGCAAGCAUCCAACGCCAGCAAGAGCAACAUCACCGCCACCAACAGCGGCAGCAACAGCAGCGGGGUCACCCGGGCCAGCGGCAAACACAGGUCUGCGUCCUGCUCCUUCUGCAUCUGGCUCCUGCAGUCACUCAUCCACAUCUUGCAGCUCGGGCAAAUUUGGAGGUAUUUCCACACAAUAUACUUAGGCAUUCGAAGCCGACAGAGUGGGGAGAACGACAGAUGGAGGUUUUACUGGAAGAUGGUGUAUGAGUAUGCCGAUGUGAGUAUGCUGCACUUGCUAGCCACCUUUCUGGAAAGUGCUCCGCAGCUGGUCCUGCAGCUCUGCAUCAUCGUACAGACUCAUCACUUGCAGGCCCUCCAAGGUUUCACUGCGGCAGCUUCCCUCGUGUCCUUGGCCUGGGCCUUGGCGUCUUACCAGAAGGCCCUCCGGGACUCCCGUGAUGACAAGAAGCCCAUCAGCUACAUGGCGGUCAUCAUCCAGUUCUGCUGGCACUUCUUCACCAUCGCCGCCAGGGUUAUCACGUUCGCCCUCUUUGCCUCGGUUUUCCAGCUGUACUUUGGGAUCUUCAUCGUCCUUCACUGGUGCAUCAUGACCUUCUGGAUCGUCCACUGUGAGACGGAGUUCUGCAUCACUAAAUGGGAAGAGAUUGUGUUCGACAUGGUGGUGGGGAUCAUCUACAUCUUCAGUUGGUUCAACGUCAAGGAAGGCAGGACACGCUGCAGGUUAUUCAUUUACUAUUUUGUGAUCCUUCUGGAAAAUACAGCCUUGAGUGCCCUCUGGUACCUCUACAAGGCUCCCCAGAUCGCAGAUGCGUUUGCCAUCCCGGCACUGUGUGUGGUGUUCAGCAGCUUCUUGACUGGCGUUGUUUUCAUGCUGAUGUAUUAUGCCUUCUUUCACCCCAACGGACCCAGAUUCGGGCAGUCACCAAGCUGUGCUUGUGAGGACCCGGGCGCUGCCUUCUCCCUGCCCCCGGAAGUGGCCACGAGCACCCUGCGCUCCGUCUCCAACAACCGCAGCGUGGCCAGCGAGCGCGAUCAGAAGUUCGCAGAGCGGGAUGGGUGCGUGCCUGUCUUUCAGGUGAGGCCCACCGCCCCGUCCACUCCCUCAUCUCGCCCACCACGGAUUGAAGAAUCAGUCAUUAAAAUUGACCUGUUCAGGAAUAGGUACCCAGCGUGGGAGAGACAUGUUUUGGACCGAAGCCUACGAAAGGCCAUCUUAGCCUUCGAAUGCUCCCCGUCUCCUCCGAGGCUGCAGUACAAAGACGAUGCCCUUAUCCAGGAGCGGCUGGAGUACGAAACCACUUUAUAAAACGCAAGGGCUUGCAGGAGCCACAACAUCCAGAGGAAGGGGUGACAGCAGGGCUGUGGCAACAAUGGCACUUCAUCCUAGAGGAGGGCAACGAGCGGUGAAGUUCUCAGUCUGGCCGUGAUCACGAUUUUCGUUGGAUCCUCUGCUGGUCUCCCUCCAAACCAGCAGUGCCCGCGAGUCUCUCUGUCCACCUGAAGGAAGGACGCCAGCUAAACAUGACUCUCCAUCGCCACCAAACUCCUCCUACACAGUCUGGGAGAGCGCCCACCAGAGGGAACUACUGUUAUAGAAAAUUUUGCCUCCAGUCCAUAGGGUGUUUCAAUGGAGUUAACUGAUCUUUGCAUAAAAACAGAUUCAGUCAUACACACACUAACACGCAUAACACACACACACACAGAUAACACCAGUCCUCUGUCAGAAUAGCUUAGGUGAUUUUUCUUGAUGCAAAGCUCUGAUUCCCACAGGAAUAUAAAAACAAAGAGAGAGAAAAUAUAUCCCUCAAGACUCCAGAAAAAUAAAAUAGAACUGCUUAGAAAAUUCAUGACCCAUUUUCUUAUUUGGAAACCCAUACCAUGUGUGAAAAGCUUAUCUAACGGACAGCAAACUCAAGUGUGUUUACACAUGUGUUAGCAUUGAUUGAAUGGUUCGUUUUCUACACAUUUCGGAUUUUUUUAUUUUAAAUUUUCAGUUGAGAACAUCGUUUUUUGACAGAAAUCCUAUGCAGCACAUGUGUGGCUUUUGACAAGACCAAGGAGCUUGAUAACUUCGUGAUGUAAACUAAGUGAUAUCCAUGGUUCAGUAUUCAAUUGCAACAAUUAAUAAGUACACAAAGAGGAAGUGGGGGAAAGGCACAAUGAGAGUUGAUUCCCAGGCACGUGCAGCUCCCAUUGGAAUGCGCAGGCCCAGUGGCGGGCUCUAUGUCAUUCCAGGAGUGAUUCCAAGAGACAACACACCACUCCUUUCUAGUGCCAAACAGCAUCCAACCACAGGACUGACAUGGAAGCCCCAAACAACUGAGAAUGAGUGGCGUGAGCCCCCAAAAGCAAAUGAGAGAAUGAACAAUCAAGUUCUCCACUGUGUACAGACUUUACCCCCGCAAUCCUAGGUCAAAGCGAUGUGUCUUUUAGAGGCUUUGGGACACUUUUUAGUAAGUAUGAGCAGACAAAUACAGUGAAUAUGCUAUGAGAAAGCCCUCCUGAACUGAUAGAGGGCUUAACACUGUAUCCAGCUAAGAUUUGUAUUUGAAUCAUCUGUAAAGUCGCACUCUCACAACAAGCUUCUGGGUUUUAAAUACCUCCGUACAGCACGUGAACACUCCCUGCUUUCUGUUCUCAGUGUCCCCAGUCAUGGUGCUUUUUGUUGCAUUAAAAGUGCCGGUCAAACUUUGAUAGUAUUUUUUUAUAGUUGGUGCAGAGUGGAAUAACUCAUGGAUUAUUUCAAUAUUUUUGUAAUAAAAAAUAUAGGGUAUACACAUAGACAUCAUCACUUUUUUUAUAGACCUGGGAUCGUUUAAAAUACUUUAAGCAUCAUAAUUGCUUGGGAUGUCAGAAACUGGUCCACAAAUUCCAUCAGCCUGCCUCGGCAGAUCAAAAACACUUGUCUCUUGCAAGAUCACCCUACUUUGCAAGUUGGUGCCCCCAGAAACCUGGCCAGGGGUGCUAUCAGAAUAUCAGGUGAAGAGAGAAUCAGCUUAACUAGAAAGGGCUUGUCAAGACUGGCCAAUGUUUCCCAGGAAAUCAAAAAUAUAAAUGAUUACUUUCAUCCAUCCAUUAUAACAAACCUGACCACAGUGGAAGAUGUCUUAAACUUCCUUCCUUGGUUUUAUAUUAACCCAACUGAUACAUUAAAUAUUAGUCAAGUCACUGAAAAAAACAAUAAAAAGUCAUUUUAACUUAAUUAUUCAGUUAUUUGGAUUGUUCAAUUCACUUAAAGUAGUCAAGUUCCAUAGCCACCAUGUGUAAUGGGUGUGCCAGCCAGAGACUGCUGUCCCCAAGAUGACAUCCACAGGAAGUAACUGAGGGCUCAACGUUUUUUGGUACAAAGCCCCAAAGCAAUUUUAAAAAAAGACCAUUUUUAUAAGUAGGUAUACCUCCUAGCACUCCAUGAUUUGAUCCUCCAAGCAAGAUUUCCACUAAAAAAUACUAAUCUUUUGUUGGAAUGUGGAAAGAUUACCUAGUCACCAGUGAAGGCCCAGGAGGAUGCUCUUCUUGUCAGCAUAUGGUGAAACAUUCCACCCCCAUUAUAGAAGGAAAAAAUUAUUAUUUUGGCAAAUUCUUCACUUUUGUGCAGAACCAUGAGUUAUUAGCUUUAUUAUUUCCAAGACAGCUUUUAACUGAUGAUCUUUGGAAAUUGAAUUUCUCAGUUGAACUAUACCUUUGAUUCCAUGAGUAAAUCACAGAUUACAGUAUAAUAGUGUCAAUCAACCAACACAAACCCAACAAGCCCCAUCAUGCUUCAAUCAUAAACAUCUUGGAGCUUGUCAAGCUUUACUGGAAGUGAUUUGCAGUUAAUUAAUUCAACAGACACUUUAAUCUUGCAAAGUCUUGACUUGUAAUAUUGUAACCAAGCUCCUGCAAGGGAACAUGAAUCAGUUAGUGGAAAAGGAGCACUUCGUUCAGUGAAGUGCCGCCACGUGCCCAGGCCUGGAGAGAAAGACCUCCACGAAGCACAGCGCUAAUGAAUUCCUGCUACCUGGUUCUCAUCAUUCAUGCUAUGAAUAUUCAUCUGCUUCAUUUGUUUUUGCCAGUAAGCACUGCUUUGAAAAAAAAGAAAAAAAUUUCUGGGGGCUUGCAUGGCUCAGAGGAUGGGUACUGGGUUAUGGAGACGUGCUUUAAAUGGAUUCAAAUCCACAUGUUUGGAAAUGAAAAAAAUGUCACUGGCAUCUGUUUAUUAAUUGACCUGCCUGAGUAGAGUUGCUGCUUUUUCUUCAUUUCUUGAGACUACCAUUGUCAGCAUUGUAAUUACCAAUUUGUAAAAGUUGAGUCUAUAAUUCAAUUUCAGAGGUAAAAUCUGCAUGGAUAUAGCUAUUGAAUAAUUUGAUUCCUGCCUUCCUAGGUGGUGACAUUAUCAGUUCCAAACCGAGAUCCAUCUCUGUGUGGAAUGAGCCAUCUGUUGCUUCUCAGACCCUGCAAAACCUUGAUUACAAGCAUGAAGAUCACCAAUCUGAUAGUUUUAAUGCCUAAAUUUUCACUUAGAAGUAAACAGGUAGUUGCGUAAUUUAGAACAUGGUUCUUUCCCCCUUGCUUCUGUUUUUUCAAGGAAAAGUUUGAGCUGCAAGACAAGAAGUUAUCAAAGCAUAGUUUCAGAGUAUGCAAGAGAAUGAGGCCUCCAAAUGUUCUUUUAAAGUUUUCUGUCUAAUCUUUUAGUAUAAUAAUUUUAGGAGUUAGCCCUAGAUGAAUGAGUGGAAGUCAUCAGAUCCAUCCAAUAAGCAAUCUAGAAGAAAAAUAAGGAGAGGUAGAAGCAUGCAUACUUUUUUGUGUUUCAGAGAUCUUUCUGCCUCCUAAGCAAUCAUCUUGGUGGCUAUGGCCAGGAUGUCUCAAGCGCUACUGAGUGAUAUUCCCAGCUAUCAGCAUGAGUAUCUCAGCUAUUCAUUGUUCAGAGGGAGGUCUCUGCACAAGAACUGAAACUGAAUGGUAGGAAAGUGGUCCACCACCAUGUGGCUUAUUUUUAAUUGCCAGGCAAUGAAAACUAACAAGUCAAAGAAAAUGUUCAUUUCCUGAACUGCCGAGCCCACAUAGGCACAAAGAUACCCUGUAACAUACAAAGAGUUGGUUGCCUGGGGGCACAUAGGAGCAAUAACAGUCCUCUUAAGCAAGGCCCAUAGGUAAGAGUGACCCUGGAGGUGCUGGGUGUUGGGACACAGUGUUUCUAUUAAUGUAGGUGGCCAACUGUGAUGAGCAAAGGGAAACCCUGUCAGUGGCUCAUCAGGAGUAUUUGCCUUCUAAAGAGCAGAAAUUCAAGGCAGGCAUUGCCAGUCUGUAGCUAAACCAGACAUGUCCCCUUGUGGAAGGCCAAGGCCCGAUGAGAGUGGGAGGUGAUGCUGGUGACAUCAUGUCUGAGACUGACUCUCUCAUUAAGGGAACUCUCGUCCUGUGAUAGUUCUCCCCUGACUAGCUCCUACGUGCUCUGCACACCGAGAGCUUCUGAUGGAUUCUAAAAUAAGAUAUUAUAAGGUGUUUCAAGUCACUCUUGCUUGUGGAAUAUGAACCAUUUAACUAUCCCUCCUUUUAACAGCAAUGAGAUUCAGGGUAACCAAGGCCUUACUCAUCAUCCCAUUGUAAAUAUGUCAUGGCAUCACACGAGCCUCUGUGUUCACACACACUAAACCAGGUUUACAAGGAUUAGAAUCUUUUAGACAUACUUUGGGCCUUGAUUCUGCCAGGCACCUAGUCUGUGUAUCUAUUCCCAAAUUGGAAAAAUAAUUCUUGUGAGAAUAAUUUUCAGAAUAAUGGAGGUGGAAAUAAAGGGACAGUUAAGAUAAUUUUUCAAAGUAGACAAAACCACUGGACCAUUGGCAACCCUAAAGCUCUGAUUUUUUCCUCAUGACUAAGUUUCUUUUCAUUUGGGGGCUUUUGAUAUCUGAAUUUUCCAGAUGAUUGCUGAACCAUCUUCACUAAACCAAAGUAGACAGUACAUCAUUAUUAAAAAAUAAAAGACUGUCCACAUGACUGCAAAUAUCCCAAUGAAAAGAGAAGAAGUAGGUCACUCAAGUGGUAAAUUUAGUCUUCAUGAUAUCAAACAUCUGGAUAUUUAGGAAAGUCCAGAUGUUUGACACAUACAGUUUUUUGUCUGGUUGUCUGGUAUUGUCUAGAUAGACAAACUGCUCAGGUUGUAGGUAACAGAGUAUAACUUUCUUGUGCAGUAAUCAAUUGCUGGUGAUAUUCUGCUGCUAAGGGUCUCUUUGUUGUGCAAAGAGAAAUAAAUAAUGAAGAGCAAAUGUUAUUGAUUUUUAUUUGCUUUUGGCAAACGCAUGAAUGGAAGAGGUUCGGUAGGCUGUCCUUGGUGAUCUAGAUGCGACUGCAGCACAACCUCCUCCAGAGUGGCCAUUCCAAAGGCCUUCCACUCAAUCCCUUCCAGGCAAGAAACCUUUCUAUUCAGCCUUUGCCAUCUUUUAUAAUUUCAUCAUUGCUCUUCAGCUGUUCAUAUAAGUCAUUCACAAAGUCUACUUGAAGAAGUGGUUCAAGGGAAAUACAGAUAUGUUAAUUUUUUAUUCUUCAAAUAGAAGUUUUAAUUUUAAGCAUUCCUUAUUAUGCUUUUUAAGCCUGGAAAUGGUUCAGACUGCUUGAUGCUAUUAUUUCAUGAUGAAUUUUAUGGUGUCGAUAAAAGUAAAACCUAUUUUUCCCAAAUCAAACAAAAUACUGUAUGUACAUAGUUUUUUUGGUUUGAUUUGUUGAUGUCAUUCUGAUUACCAAACACCAACUGAUUAUCCUGAAUGUUGAAGUAUUAGUGUUUUCUUUCUAGUCGUUGUUAAAAUUCCUAGAAAAAAAAAAAAAGAAAAAGUUGACAUUAAUGGCAAAUUCACCUCCUGGAAGGAAAGUUUGAGAUGUCUUUACCAAUUAUUGUAUUUGUGAUUAUUUGUAGACGUUUCUUCCUUGUAACAUUAGGAAGUUGACCUUGUGUUUCCUCUGACUUGGCCUGGGUUGGUAGGCAUGUGUAUUUCUUCAAAUUUUGUGCUUACUGCAUUUACCUAUCUGAAGCUUGGCAGAAAAAUAGACAAGCUAUUCAGACCAAUGUUUUAAAGAGCAUUUAUGUUACGGAACUUGCUACAAAUCGUUGACUCUACACAGGCACACAGGGCACUGCAGAGGGAUUGAAGGCAUUUCCAGAGAAAAUCUAAAUGUUUUGAAAGGUCUUACGUAAUGUUUUCAUUAUGUCAAAUUCUACAUUUAGUGCCAAGUUAGAAUGACUUCACGGUGUGGGCAAUCUAGUUCUUUGUGGGGUUCCUCCUUCGCUCAAACACAACAUUUUCCCUGAACGCAAAUGGAUACUCCACACCCUGCAUGGCGCUGCCCAGGGCCGCGUUUGCAAGCCCUCCCAGGAGGGAAGGUCGCGGCAGCCACGUGAGCACCUGUGAAAACCUUCAGAACCAGCUUCCACUGCUCAUCUCUGUACCAACUCCAACUUGGCUUUGCUUUUCUUUUUCCUUGAGAUUUUUACUUCGCUAAAUCCCAUUCCAGAUCUUUUUACCUUUGUGUUAUUGACAGGAUGUUUCGUUGAAUUAGUAACAAAGAAGCGACAAUCAAUUGGCAAAACAUUAGUCUUUGUUUUCAGUUAUCCUUGAUUAUGUGAUAACUGAAUGGAAUUUAUGAUUCAGUAGAAAACCAAAAAUCCCUGUGUUGAAUACAGUGACUGUUCUAAAUAGACUUCAAUAUAUUCUACAAAACGAUAUCCUUUUACACUACAGGAUAUAUGGAUGCAGGGACAUGAGGGGCUGUGGCCCAGCCAUUGCAGCAAAGGGACUAGGAGUCUGUGCACACCUGAGUCUUAAUCCCUGGUCCAACUCUUCAGCCUCAGAAACUCACCCUCAGCCUCAUUUUUCCCAUACGUAAAAGAGAGAUAAUAUUUAUUUACCUACCUCAUAGGGGUGUUGCGUGGACAUUAAUUAGAGUUAGUAACACGCGUUUAGGUUAGAAAGCACUGUCACUCUUGGUAAGCAGCACUAACACAAACCAGAGCUGGGCGUGGCAAGGGGGACAGGCGAAGGUGGGAGUAGGUCUCAUCGGAAGAACACAAUAGCAAUAACUCACCAGGCAAAGAAUAUGACAGCUCCCCAUCACUCCAUAAAAGUCACGCUUUUUCUUCAAAGGUGUAUGUGGAAUUUUCCUUCCUUAUUAGCUCUUUAAUGAGAAAAUUAACUCCUUUCAUACAGACAUAGAGAAGCUUCAUACAGAUUGAUGAUUUUCCUCUUAGCCAAACUGAAUUUUAAUAAAUGUUUAUUAAAUGCAUCCAGAAAACCAGGCUCCUUCUGAUGUAUAAGGAGUUUGCAUGCCUGAUCCCAAGCCACGUUUUCCAGAACUCAUGCGUGAUACCCCAGUUCAGUGCUAAUGAUUGCCAAUGGGCCCUAAAAUCCACUACUGGGGGCGGGAACGGGAUUUUCAGCAGCUGUUGCUGAGAUUAGACUCGUGCUAUUUGCACUGAGUUUCCUUUUCUUCCCUAAGAUGACACAUCUCUCCCUGCACAACCCAACAGAAGAGUGUAGAGCCUUAUUUCCGCCUGGAGCUCCUGAAUCGAUCAUCUUCCCAUUAUAAAUACAUGUGAAAUAUUUCAGAGAAGUCUUUACACAAGGGCUUCAGCUAUAUAUCAAUAUACAUAUACUUACACAUGCAUAGAUGAGAAUAUUGCUAAAAUAAAAGAUAAGAUAAUAAGAUAAAGUAGAUGAUGGAAAAAUAAUCUCAGAGGAUAUCCUAUACAACUUCCCCAAAGGUAACAUUUUCUCUUACUUAAAGAUUUAAUCCUGUUAAGAAUGAAUGCUAAAUAACUUGACUUUGGCUUAUAAAUAUUUGUAAUUUUGAGGCAUAGAGGCAAUAUUGUGAAGUAGGAAUACACCCAUAAAACUACACUAACAAUGCAAAUAAUGUUUUAAUGAUGUGGCUUCAGGAGGCAAAGGUUUGUACAUAAAUGCUAUCAUUGUGCCCUUAUUUAAUAGUUGUAUUGCUUUGCAAAAAAGUUUGCACACUCUUAAAAAUAUGAAAAUAGAGUUUUAGAAAGUUUAUCUUGAGAAGUGGGUUUGAAAUCAUAUUGUGUUUGGAGCUGACAUAAUAUAUAUGUUCAAUAUAAUCUCUUCUGGAUUCUAAAAUCUAGUUGGCAGUGGUAUAUGGAAGCCUUAAAAUUUCAAAGUGGUUAAGAAUUUCUAAUACAUGAUAUUAAGCUUUCUGAAGCAUGAAUUUAACCUGGGCAAUUACCUUAUCCAAAAAAAAAAAAAAAGGUUUAUGCUGCCACACAGGACUUAAGUAUUGUAUUCAAAGACUAAUAACAUGAAUACAGUAAGUGAGUCAAAGAAUAAUUUGGAUUGUCCUGGCUUUUUUUUUAGUUCCUAGCAUCAAUACUUUUCCACCCAAAAAUACAACAGACUAUCCUUUUUGCUAUGAAGGGAAAUAUCCAUGUUUUUAUUUUGCACAAGAAAAGUGAAGUUGCAUACUUGGACUAGACCCAGGGGCCUGAGUUAGAAAGUGGCAGCUUCUCACAAAGGUACAAAACAGAAUCCUCACUGUUAGAGCUCAACAACUCUUGGAAAUGCUAGAUUCUUUACCAAAGAGAUGGAAAGACAAGUGGAGACAAUGUGUAACUUAGAUAUAAGCUAUACAUCUAAUCAUGGAGAAAGGGGACCUGAGCCCUUUAUGGCUUUCCAGACCCCAUGGAACUUUCCAGAGCCUUCCCUGAAAAUAAGAGAAUCAUUUUAGAAAAACUAGAAUUGGGCAAAGGUGUACGUGAUUAUAUUGGUAAGGACCAGUCGUUCUGUAAACAUCACAUCUGUGAUGCUUUGUAAUGUAGUUGUCAACCUCUUCAUGGCUACUUCUGGUUAGAUUUCUAUUCCAUAAACAAAAGAUAGAAAGCACAUAGCAAUUUUCUUUUGCUCCAAAGAAAUGUCUCCCAACUAAUUUAUAUCUGUCCAUAUCACUGACAUAUUACUAUCACAAAACUACUUUCAUAUAUAGAUGAUAUGAGACUAAGAAAAAAAAUGAAUCUUUUGGUCAACUGCUUAUUGAAAGCUACUACCUGAAGCCUUUCUUUGGCAAAAGGGACAGGGAGAAGGCGGCUAUCAUUACCAGUGCUAUAAUUAUCUUGCCUCUUCUAAAUAGUUUCUGCUUUCCUCCCAGUAGCCAGACAGCUCAGUAGCCAGAGACAGAAACAGUGAAGGAUAUGCAAAGUAUGGUUUUCCCAUUCUCCAAGCAAAGAGAGCAACAAAUGAGCCCCAAGUAACUUCCCUCUUUGAAACCAAAUAGUACAUUGAAUUUAGGAGUAAGACAAAAUUGUUGUUAAAGUGAGAGUGAAAUCAUCCUUCCCAUCUUUCUUGUGGAUUCUUUUCUCAGGUUUUACUAAAUUCUUCUUGCAAUUUAGGUUGGAGUUUACAGUAAAAAUAAUUAAUCCUGUUUUACAUAAAGCUUCAAUGCAGAAAUGGUGUAAACAUUAGUUAUAAAUGGGAUGACUAGGGAUACAAACUAUCUAUACUGACAUCCUACUAAGCAGAUUGGAAACAAAUACUGCUAUCACUAAUAUUCUGGUUUAAUUAAUAACAUCCAAUAGAAAAAUAGAAGCAUUUUGCUCAGCACUAAACCACUGCACAAUAUAAACCUACUUGCAAAUGGCAAGGAUUUUUUGCUACUGACAGAUGUUCUUCAUUCUCCAGUUAUUUUAAGUAAAUAAGUUUCACAUCUAACUACCUCAGCUACUGUUCUUUUAUUUAGAAACAUGAAAUCAUGCACUUUGUAACCAAGUCUUUUAUCUAAAAUUUCAAAAGGAUACUUGGUGCAAAGCAAUUUUCAAAAAUUUGUACAUGACAUAAGCCACCCAACCUCAGGAGGUUGUACUUAAUAUUGUUUUGUUUGUUUCUAAGUUUGGUUUGGGGUAAAAUCCUCAUUUCCACUCAACACCAAGAGAAGCUGCUCUAUAUUUGCUUAAUUUGCCUUAAACAUUCUGUGCUCCUUUCCCCAUUCGAUUUUUUUUGUUUGUUUUAAAUCUAUCUCUGAAAAAAAAUAUAUAUGUAACAGGUGGCAGGUGAACAGCAAACUGAAGAGAACGGACCGAUAAUUUCUCAGUUCCCUGUUGUCAACUAUCUGCAUGACAUUCUGAUUGUGCAAAAUUGCCAUUCCUGUGCUUCCCUCUUCGUUACAGAAAUAAGGUCUGAGAGACCCCGUGUGUGUGUGUGUGUGUGUGUGUGUGUGCGUGUGUGUGUGUGUGUGUGUGUGUGUGUGUGUGUGUAGGGAACAGCGUGGACAUUCCCCCAAGUAUGAGCACAGUGCCUGGACCCGAAUGAUCAUCUUGGCAGUUCUUGUGCUUUUACUUUGUAAACACUGUACAAAUGUAUUUGGAAUUUUAUUUGAAAUGAAGAAUUAAACUAGUUAUUAAAUUUGUUUCCUUCCUGUAAAUAUAUAUAUUCAAAUUCCAUGUAUCCAAACAUCACUUUAGCGUUCGGAUUGUAAGUGUGUCUUUAUCAGCAGGAGGCCACUGUUCCCGGGCAGUGACCCCCAAGUGCCCUAGUUCAAAGCACAGUGUGUGGAGUAUUUGAUGUACUACAGUACCAUAGUUAUUUUGGUCUGUUAAGUAAGUUGCAAUUUGUGAUGAAAUGAAGUGGAAAGUAGUACUUCAUAAUGAACAAAUUUCCUUGGUUCCAUGAUUUUUCUUGUAAAACUUAAAAAAAAAAAGAAAACUUGAAAUUUUAUAUAUUUGGAUUUUGUAGAUUUUUUUUUAUUUUAUUGCAACACAAGGUACCAAAAUCAUUAAAUAAAGUACACUGUGGUCAUUUUAA